AUGCUUCAACCUACAAAUUUUCUUUUUAUAUCUAACGUGCAAUCCAGGCCGAUAACGGUUGAAAAGCCCACACCAUAUGUAUUCGACCUUGGAAAUCUUAUGGCGCUGGAUGCGAACCCAAUUGAUCUCCCUCAGUCUGCAAAAUCUUCGCCAUUGAUAUUAAACCAGACCCUGAAAGCUACGGCACGCGAUGGCGCCCAGUGCCUUGUCAACCAGCUCCUCACCACCUGUCCGAUAACGAGCUCAAUGCAAGACGGUGUUCUUCUCACCCUUCCACGUCCAACGACCAUGGUACCUCGGUUUAAACCACUGCCUACUCCCAAACCUCCUACCAAAUGGGAGCUCUUUGCCCGCAAGAAGGGAAUUGGCAAGUACAACACCAAGCUGGGCAGCGGCCUAGCCGACACCGAACGGAAGAAAAACCUGGUUUAUGACGAGGAGAAGGGCGAGUGGGUGCCCAAGUGGGGAUACAAGGGGAAAAAUAAGGGAACCGAGGAUGACUGGCUUGUGGAGGUUGACGAGUCCAAGUGGAAGAAAGAGGAACAGAUGAAUAACGAGGGCAAGUCUAUUCGAAACGAAGGCAGAAAAGAGCGGAUGGAAAGAGCGAGGAGAAAUGAGAGGAAGAUGAGGGCCAACGAACGCAAGGCUAGAACCGGGAAGGCGAAGUAA